UCCAUUAUAAGGUUCCUGGCAAGCACAAUUGAACAAUUACGAAAACAAUUAUUUUAUUGUACAGAUAACUGAAGGUAAUGCUGUGUCUGAAAAAAGUAGUCACGAAUUAGAAGAAAGCUAUCAAGAGUUUAUAGAUGAUCCCAAACUUUCAACUGUUAUGUUUAAAAUUGGGAAGAACAGCUAUAGGCUGAACUUUGAAACGAUGCAACAAGAAAGCCUUACUUACAAGACCAUCAGAAGGGUCCGUCGUCGUCCCAAGAAUCUUGUCACGAUGAUUGAUAUUUCAAACUACAAAAAAGAUAUCCAAUUAAAGCGAGCAAAGGGUAUCACUAAGGCAGUCAGUGGUAAAGUUGAAUCAUCCAUAAGCUAUCCCACUACAUGGGAGAAAGUACUUCAUAAGUUUGACCCGGAUGCUACGUUUCAACUAUUUGAUGUUAAGAGUGGUAGUACGGAAUACAAUGACAUAGAGCGUCUAUUCAAUGCUAGUUGUCCAAACAAAAUCAUAAAGAUACAGCGGGUGCAGAACGAAGAACUGUGGGAAGAUUAUGCCAG